GUAUGUGCUAGCAUAAUGUAUUUUCGUUUGGCAUGUGCAUUAGAAAUUUUCAGAUAUUUCGUGUGUGGGAACUGCAAAAGAGAGUUGAGAACAAGGAGAUGAUUCAGUUAGGGUUUAGCAAAUGGAUUCUACAUCAAAUCCAGACACCCAUGAAUCAUGCAGAAAAGUGGCUAUCAAGAUCCGGAUGAUGGGCGCCAACGUUUCUUACUGGAACUUGAAAUUCGUUCAUGCCUCAUUAACCCAACUUAUAUUCCACUGUAUCCACACUGCCUGUUCUUUCUUGAGCUUCUCCAAAAUCCAUCAUAUCUUAAUGCAAUGGCGCAUCCCGCCAACAAGGAAGUAGCACAUAGGCAGUAAUUUUGCUUCUGGAAGAACUACAUAUAUAACCCGUUGAAGCAUAUUUAUCCAUGGUCGCUUCCUGAGAACUGCAAUUGCACCACCAAGUUCUGCUCCACCUGCAUCACUACCAUCUGGUAUAGACCCUGCAGCCCCUCCACCUCCUGCUCCUACACAUGUUUCAGCUGCAGCUCUUUCCCGAUGAAGAAAGACGGAUGAUUUUCUUGUACUCGUAACACAGACAUCCAAACAAUUAAUUCAUGAAUUAAGUGUUCAGGGAAGCGUGAAGCGGAAAAAGGCGACAAGGCACCACUUCAAGCUUUAAGAGAUGAAGCGCUCACAUACUCAUUCUAGUCUGUGAAGCGUAGAAGGCUUGCAUUUCACAUACUCAUUCUAGUCUGUGAAGCGUAGAAGGCUUGCAUUUCUUUGCUUCAUCGCUUUAAGCGAUGCGCUCGCUUUCCUUAACACUGGACAUCACUAGAAGAUGACUGGAGAAGUUCGCUGCUUUGAACCUAGGCGAUCUUUGUGGGCGAUUCCACCACCCAAGAAUCCAACUGCUUCUGCUACUCAGGCUGAAAAGGAGGAGGUGGAUUCGCGAUCCAUAUAUGUUGGUAAUGUUGAUUAUGCUUGCUUGCCUGGGGAAGUGAAGUUACACUUUCAAUCUUGUGGCACUGUUAACAGGGUAACUAUCCUGACUGACAAGCUUGGCCAGCCGAAAGGCUUUGCGUAUGUGGAGUUCUUUGAAAGGGAGGCUGUUCAAAAUGCACUUCUGUUAAACGAAUCAGAGCUUCACGGGCGGAAGUUGAAGGUGUCUGCCAAGCGGACAAAUGUUCCUGGUAUGAAGCAAUUUCGAGGAAGGCGAUUUAAUCCUUAUGCUGGAUUCCGCCCUCGACGUGCGUUUGUGCCUGGUGCUCCAGCCAUUCCACCAUUUGGAAGGGUUCCAAGGUUCAGACGGUCCAUCCGCUACAGGCCAUACUAGUGAAUUUUAAGCUGGAUUGCAGCCUUCCCUAGAGAAGCAUGGAGCUCGCUUUGUGAAAAGGGCAUCUCCUUGUUUUACUCUCUUUGGUUGAGGGCAAAGGAUGUUCUAAUUCAAAUAAGUCAUUAGCUGACAUAAAUUUCAACUCUGUGGAUGAUGUUUUAGGUUCUGGGGAUUGAGAAUUUUUUUCUUUGCUAGCUUGCUCAGAUGCUUGCAUUUUGGGCAGCAAAUGGAAAAGACAAAUAAAAUAGACAGUUUGUUGGAGAUGGUCUGAAUUAUGUAUGGUUGUGGUUUGGUCA